GAUUAGUCCAUGUCCAUCAAUCCUUGGUUCACAGUUGGCUCGCACUCGCACGAACCCUUUUCAGUGACAUCCGAUUGGGCUUGGAGACGACGACGACGACGCACACGGCACACAUCUUGCUGGAGAGAUGCUCCCAAGGUUUUUUCACCGUAAAACUGGCAGUGAAGCUAGCAAGCGUGCUUUCUUACCGAAAUCUACGGAUUUCGGCGUAUUGGAGGGCAUGCUACAAGAUCCCUGUGCGGCACCGAUGUGUCUGCCGAUGGAUUUUCUGAAAGCCAUCACGCAAGAUUUCUCCCAGGAACGAGAAGUCGGAAGAGGUGGAUACGGAGUGGUUUACAAGGGAAUUCUUCAAAAUGGGAAGGCAAUUGCUGUGAAGAAGCUUUCAGAGAUGCAGCUAGAAGAUGGUCCAUUUCAGAAUGAAGUUAUUUAUCUAAUUGGGUUGAAGCACAAAAAUAUUGUAAAACUUGUAGGCUAUUGCGCUGAAUCACGGUGGGAGGCAACUCAAGUAAGCGGGAAAUAUGUCAUGGCUGAAAUACGAAAAAGGCUGCUUUGCUUUGAGUACCUAAAUAAGAAGAGCCUUGAUAAGCACCUCUCGGAUGAAUCUUGUGGACUCAAGUGGAAUAUGAGAUAUCAGAUAAUUAGAGGAAUUUGCUCUGGUUUGCAUUACCUUCACACGGAAUGCCAUAUUGUUCAUUUGGACCUCAAACCCGAGAAUAUAUUGCUUGAUGAUGGUAUGGUGCCAAAAAUUGCAGAUUUUGGUAUGUCAAGACUCUUUGGCCAACAACAGUCUCGAAUAAUCACUGAAAGUCGCGGGGGGACACGUGGAUACAUGGCACCAGAGCACUUAACAAAUGGAUUCAUAUCCACCAAGUCUGAUAUAUUCAGUCUGGGCAUUAUAAUUAUAGAGCUAAUGACGGGAUCUAGGGACUAUCCCCCAAGUAGUGAAGCAUCAUUUGAGCGGUUCAUCAAGAACGUGGUUGAAAAUUGGAGGAACAACUUGGAAAAGGCACCAAAGUAUAUACCCCUGGAAAUAGAAAGUCGACAAGUAAAUACAUGCAUUGUAAUAGGACUAAACUGUGUCCACUCUGACCCGAAGAAAAGGCCUUCUGCAUUGGAUAUACUUCAAAUGCUUAAUGCAGUAGGGAGUACAAAUAGGCAUGCAUUGGUCACAGAAAUUGACACAUUAGGUUAUUCAGUAGGGAUGACGAAUCCUAUCACAAUGUUGAAUAGAUUAAAUAGCAGCAGUCUUUUCUCCUUCUCUGCCAAAGGAAGUAAGAUAAGUAUUCUGGCCCUUGAGGUUGCCAAUACAAUUGUGAAGAGCUCCAGUCUGAUGAAAAUACUCUCCAAACAAAGCAUGGAGCAUCUGAAAGAAGGGGUGCUUAGGUCAGAAGGUGUUCGUCGUCUGAUCUCCGAAGAUCACAAUCAGUUGGUUGUUCUUGUUGAAGCUGACAUACGACAGAUGUUUAGGCAAUUUUGCUCAGAGGUUUGUCGGUUUGGAAAUAUGUGUGUAGAUCCUUCUUGGCACAACAUGUUUAGGUGUUUCGACUGUCUGGCAGGUCGAGAGAUGAAAACUCUGAAACAAAUGAUGAACGAAGAAUCAGUUUCCAAUAUAGAGUAUCUUACAAAGCUUGAAAAGUACACUUCGGAACUGCGUGGAACAUUACUUGUGUGGGACAAGUGUGAAAAAGGAUUACAGUACGAAUUGUGUAGUGGAAGAUCUAAGCGUGAUCAAAGAAAUAUGCUUCAAACCAUGCGUCGUUCACUGAAGCACCAAAGAUCUGUUGCUAAGAACUUGGGAAAUAAAUCACUUUGGCCCAAGACAAUGGAAGAUAUUGUAGCGAAACUUGUAGACAUUGUGCAUGUCUUAAAUUUUGAGAUCAGAAGAGCUUUCUUGAAGAACCACGGAGAUCAAUCUGUAGCGCCAGUGACCAAGCUUCAUCAAACAUUAGGGCCUACUGGUCUUGCAUUGCAUUAUGCCAAUGUCAUUCUGCAGAUAAAUACAUUGGUAUUGGCCUCACCUGCGGCUGUUUCUUACAAAGCUAGGGAUGCACUGUACCAGGCACUGCCUCCAUGCAUCAAAUCAAAGUUGCGAGAGUGUUGUCAUAGAGAGAGAACGAUGAACGUAGCGGAGGUCAGAGCUGAGAUGGACAGAAUACUCCAGUGGCUUGUGCCAGUUGCAGAAUCCACAACAUCGUACUACAAGAAUGGGGCAUUCGGUGAAUGGAUAAACAUGGUGAUGCCAGAGGAUAUAGUUGUCGAGGAACCAUACUGGCCUGGAGAAGAAGAACGUCAGACCAUCGCUGGUGCCUCUGCCAUUCAAAGGCAUGUGGUGAACAAGAUAGAGACAUUGUACCACGCUGAUAAGCAGAAGACUGAAGGUUACAUCCUGGACCUAAUUCGAGGUCUGCAUCGUCUUGUUUGCUAGUCCGACUUACCAUGGAUGCCUCUGCCAUUUUCCUUGAUAUGUAUUGACCAAAGUUCAAUAGAAGUUGGACCUUCAAGCAUUCUUUAGAAGGUACUUUUGGUCCAUUCUAUUGGUCAAAAUGCAAUGAACAAUUGAGGUUUUCUUUCCGCUGGAACUUUUAAAGUUGUUUAAUCAAGACAUCCGCACACUAUCUAUAUAAGAGGAAAUACACAACUUUUGCAGCUGAA